AUGUCCUCCAAAUCUUCUCAAAUCAAAGUUAACUCAUAUACUAAAGAACCAGUAGCAGCUGUGGGGUCAUUUUUCAAUGGUUUAUCCGUACCACCAUCAACAGAAUUUAAUAUUUACCAACACAAAAAGAAGCAAGAUUAUAUAAUACAUGGAGAAAGUCAACAUUUAGAUUAUGAUGGAGAUUCUCAAAAUAAUGAUAAUGAUUAUGUGCUAGCAAUAUAUGAUCCAAAUACCAAAUCUGUUGAUUUAUAUCAAACUCCAUAUUUACCAACUAAAGUAUCUGCAAAAAGAAAUAAAAUCUAUAAAGGUCCAUCAGUUAAAUCAGCAGGUUUGAAAAAUAAUGUUCAACGUAAUGCAUUAGGUGAAGCAUUUGGUACUAAAAAGGCAAAACAAGCAAUUUCAAAUUUGGAGAAAAAUAGAAUAGAUUCAGAAAAAUUACAAGAUAUGCAAAUGGAUAUAGUAGAUACCGUGCAAGAAUCAACUGUUCCAACUACAUCUACUGAAACUCAAACAUUUAGCAUUAUGCCUAAACCAAACGUCUCCGCUAAAAAUGUAGAAGAUGUAUAUCCUAUUAAUAAAAUUAUACCAGAUAAAGAUUGGAAUUAUAUACGAGUACAAUCCUUUUUAUCAGAUUCAAAUCCAUUAGAACAAUUCCCAUCACAACCAGAAUUUGUUAAAUCAAGACUUUCAAGAUUUAUUGAACAACAAAACAUUGAAAAAUUACAAAUGCUUUAUUAUGCAUCAUUAUUAUUUGGAGUUUAUGAAAAUAGAAAAGUCUCUAACAAGAAUGCACUUUUAACAAGAUUACAAAAUAAACCAUCUGAAGCUUUGAUUGAUGGAAUAUUAAGUAGAUUUACAAUAAAUAGAGCUUCAAAUUUUGGUAAAUCAAAAGAUAGAUCUUUCACAAUUGAUCCAAAUAAUGAAGAUAAAAUUUUAUGUUAUUUAAUUUUAUUAUUAUUACAUUUAUCAAAUUUUUCAGUUGAAUUAAAUCCUUUAGCAAAAGAUUUAAAAUUAAAACCAACAAAAUUAGUUUCUUUAUUUAGAGCUGUUGGAGCAACUAUUAAAAGUGCAACUGUUGCUGAAGCUGAAGCUUUAGGUAUACCGAAAAGUUCUGCAGGUACUUAUAAAAUUGCAAAUAUGAAAGUUCCAUUUAAAUUACCAGAUUUAACAAGAAGAGGAGCAAGAAGAUAG